UCCUCCCUGGCCAGGAUCUGGCGACCUAUAGUAAAACCCUCUCGAAAUACUCUUGUAAGACCUACUGCUUCUUCUUCUAACUCAUCGUUGGUAUUCUUCGGUGUCUCACCGACUGUGUUAAGUUAUUCCGAUGAACCAUAAAUUGUAGUUGAGGCAGCUCAAAGGAUUGGACUGCGUUAGACAUCGUUGGUUGUUCCAGCAAACAACCACAACCUAUGUUGUCGAUUUUCCUGUUAGGACUUCUUUAGAUCCAUCACUAGUUGUGUAUUUUUUCGAAUUUCACUUCCAAUUUUUCGUUUUUUGUUCUGUUACUCACUUUCUGUAAACACUGUUCGUGGAAGAAGACUAUUUCAAUUUUGAAUCCAGUAGUUGAUCAUAGUUGUUCAUGGUGGUGUUAAUUAGAUUGAUGGCUAGUGAUGCAUGCUCCUCAAGCACGAGACGAAGCAGAGGUGGAGGCGGCGGACGACGCGAACUCAUAGUUGGAUAUGCAAACUCAUAUUUGUUGCAACCUGGGGAUGUGAAAGAUGGUGUGGCCCCAAAAUGGUUCUGCGAAAAAUAUGUCAUCUUACAUGUUGAAGACAAACACGAACCCGAAUAGGCUAUCUUUUGGAUGCCCAUUAUUAAAGGUAAAACAAACACAUUACAAAUUCUUUGUGUGGGUUGAUGAGCACAUUGUAAGAAUUGGCUGCAUGGUGCCAACAAGGGCAUUAGGUGACACUCAGCCAAAUGAUGUUGUAGAACAUUUGGGAAAAAAAGAACUGGAGAACAUGAUGGCCAAUCUAGAGGAAAGAAUAGUAAACCUAGAGAACAAAAGAAGCAAUAACUAUUGUGAAGAUGGCUUAAAGCAAUUAUCAAAUAACGCAACCAAUUCAAAUGCGUUUUGUAAUCCUUCUAAAGAAGUAAAGUCUAACAUCUUAGGUUUCCUAACUACCAUUAGUGGACUGAGAAAGAGAUCCACAUCACAACGCAGGGGAUCUGCUGUUGAAAACUGUUUGUUUCAGCAGCCAAAUACGAAAAACAUGUUCAAAGACAAUGCUGCUUGGAUGUUAAAACAGGGAAGCCCCGCGAGAAAGAGACAUUGUGCUGCUGAAAAUGUUGUAACGGGGAUAUAGGCAUCGCGAAGCAAAGCUGUUGAUGGUGGUGAAAAGGAAAACGAGACACAUGUGAACACCAACAUGAAGUUCAACUGGUUUAAUAAUGAAUAUGGAGUAGCAGAAAUUAGAAACACUGUUGUGGUGGAUGAAGAUUCCAAAAGUAAGAUACCAAAUGAUUUUGGCAGUGAAGAUGUGGCCUCAUAUUUUGUGUACGUUCAAAAAGAAGUCGUGAAUUUGAAGAAGUCUUGUGAAGUUGAAGACAGUAAUUUGCAAGUCAAAAAUGAAGAAAUUAAGAAAGUUGAUGGACUGACAAACGCCAUGGAAGUAGAGUUGAAGAAAAUGAAGAGAGAAGCAGCUGCAAGAGAGAAGGAGGCUUCAUCAACAAAGUUGGAUGAUAAGAAGAAAACCAGAAGCACAAGCACCUCUAAAAGGGUGACGAAAGAUCAUUGAUGAUUCUUUGUUUGGAGAUAGUUCGAGGCAAAUUAUUUAUCUAUGAUAGUCUGUGAUUUUUCCUUCUAUAAUGUAAAUGCAAAAAUGAGAGAAAUGAAAAGAAAAAAAACUGGUGAUGCAAUUUCCUAAAAUAAACUUUCAUUGACGAAAGUUCAGUAUUGAAAUUUGAUUAUGUAUAUACUGACGUGUUCUUGUUCAACAUAUAGAUCCAUGUAUAUGAUAUGGUCUGUGAUUGUGACUUGUGAGUUAGUUAUACUAGUUCGUCUAUAAAUUAAUGUUGGAUAAAAUUGCUAUUAUCUUAGAGUAACUUGUCCAAAUACCAGAAAUAAUAAUUUUUUUCCCCUGACAUGAAAGCUUAACAAUGCAAUCAUCUUAUAAUUCAAUGUUUGGCAAGUCUGAAAGAGUCGCAGGCAUAAAAUUUGACAAAAUUUAUAGAUUCUAUGUGACUCCCCUGACAGUAAUCAUCUACCCACCACAAUAGAUAAUUGACACCCGAAUAGGGUCUUUAUUACUCUAGUUCAUCACCAAACUUCACAACCAUUAUUUUUCAUUCCAAUCUAGUAAUAUUCAAUGAAUGUGUGGGUUAUUGCAAGCCUAACUAUAUAAAGACUAGGUUGGGUUAUCCUCCAACACUGUUGUGGUUCUUACAAUGGUUGGCAUGAGACCUGUGGCCAUCAUGUAAGUUUAGUUUUUACUUAUUUCAAGUAGUUAGUUAAAAGCCUAUUUAUAUGUUGUCAUUUUUGGUCAAAAUUUGUUGCAUACUAAGGUAAAGGUCGAAUUUUGUUGCAUACUAAGCUAAAUUAUUUCGACCGUGUGUAUUCAUCGUCAUCCCCAUUGAUCUCUUGUUUGGAACAAAGGUGUAGGAUAGGAGAGGAAUUGGUAUUCUCUAAUUUUCCCCUAGUAUUAGUUUAAUUAAGGAAAUAAUGUGUGUAUGUUGUGCUUGGAUUUGGGCUCUGUGAACUAACCCAUAAAAAAUAUUCAUUUUUAUAGUGCAGGUCACUGUACAAGUAAAGUGGGCCAGCGCCAAAAAAUAAUCUUCAUGACAAGUUUCUUCAUCUAGUGGCCCGAAAACUGUAAA